AUAUGAUUUCCUGAAAACGCCCCAUGCCAAAAACUAUAGGCCAAUUUUACCUGCUCCGAAUUCAGCUUCGAUAGUGUACUGAUCGGUUUUGAUCCUCAAUUGACAGUAUAAUAUUUCGUGUGUGCUUUAGGGUCAAAAGAGCUGACUUUUCAGGAAAAGGGAGAAGCAAGAUCACAGGCCACAUACUUUGAUGAAAAGAAGAACUUUCCAAAACGAUUGAUCCCUCGAGAGCUCCUUUUAGCCGCACAUCGCUCGCGGUUGGUUCGGAUCGCUCGGAUCUGUCAAUGUUGCACGGCCGUGGAUCAUCAGUGCAGCAAGCGCUUUCUAUUUAAGGGCUUCUGCUUCUGCUUGGAUAAUAAAUAACGUCCCUUGCCUCUUCUAGAAGUGCAUGAACGGAAAACAGUGGAUGUUGUGUUAUUGUUUUCGAGCUUUUACACAUCAGAAGUGUCACCAUGCUCGGUAACGCUGGAAUCUAUGCUGUCAAGAAGAGGAAGAAGCCUGUUCAGAAACCGAAAAAGAUCCCAGGCUCAGAUGGCAGCAAGUCCAACCCCUCCAAGCGACACCGGGAUCGUCUUAACGGGGAACUGGACCGUCUGACGGGCCUGCUGCCCUUCCCCGAGGAUGUGCACACCCGCCUGGACAAGCUGUCCGUGUUGCGACUCAGUGUGGGAUACCUGAAGGUCAAGAGCUUCUUCAAAGCCACCAUGAAGAAAAACUGUGGGAUGUUCUCUGGUGGCAGCAUGCUGAGCAUGAACGGGCUGAAUGGAGUGGACCCGUCCACCUUCUCAGAGGGGGAUCUGCUGCUUCAGGCUCUGAAUGGUUUCGUGCUAGUAGUCUCCGCAGAGGGACAUGUGUUCUAUUCAUCCCCUACCAUCCAAGACUACCUGGGCUUCCAUCAGUCUGAUGUCAUCCACCAGAGUGUUUUUGAGCUCAUCCACACAGACGACAGGGCCUUGUUCAGACGGCAGCUCCACUUUUCCCUCAACCCCAACCCCUUCAGCGCUGACCAGGGGGGAGACAGUAUGCAGCAUAGUAGUGAUAUCACCAGGAACCUUGUGAAUUACAACCCAGAUGAACUUCCUCCAGAGAACUCCUCCUUCCUGGAGAGAAGCUUUGUCUGUCGUUUCCGCUGCCUCCUGGACAACUCCUCUGGCUUCCUGGCUCUGAACUUCCAGGGGAGGCUGAAGUACCUGCACGGCCAGAGCGUCAUGGGAGAGGACGGGAGCCGUGCCCCGCCCCAGCUGGCCAUGUUCACCAUCGCCACACCCGUCCAGACCCCCUCCAUCCUGGAGAUUAGGUCCAAAACGCUCAUCUUCCAGACCAAGCACAAGCUGGACUUCACCCCCAUGGGCAUCGACACCAGGGGCAAGGUUGUGCUGGGUUACUCAGAGAUAGAGCUCUGCAUGAGAGGCUCUGGAUACCAGUUCAUCCACGCUGCCGACAUGAUGCACUGUGCUGACAACCACGUUAGAAUGAUUAAGACUGGAGAGAGUGGCCUGACAGUGUUCAGACUGCUGACUAAGACAGGUGGCUGGGUAUGGGUCCAGGCCAACGCCAAGCUGGUCUACAAAGGGGGACGGCCCGACUUCAUCAUCGCACGUCAGAGAGCGCUCGUUAAUGCGGAGGGGGAGGAGCAUCUCCGCCAAAGGAAGAUGCAGCUGCCGUUCAGCUUCGCCACGGGCGAGGCCGUCCUGUACGACACGGGCCCCACCCUGGAUGCCACCGAGUUCCAGAACAGUGGCAUGCCCCCCAAGAUCCCCAAAACAGUGGACCCCAAAGAGGUGGACCCCUCGUCCCUGCUCGGCUCUCUGCUGAAGCAGGAUGAGUUUCUCUACACCCAGCAAGUGGAGCCCUCUCUUCCUGUGGACCAGGCCUUCAUGGACAGCCAUGCCCUGGUAAACGUACCCAGCGACCCCUGGCAGGCCCUGGGGUCCCGGGGGAUCAGCAUGGAGGCCCUGGGGGUGAAGGAAGACGACGCAUCCGUGGCGGCCAUGAUUGGUUCCAUGGGGAAAAUAAUGCGGGACAGCGGGCUGUGCUCGACGCUGGAGGAGCUGGACAUGGACCCAGCAGCGCUGAUGGACUGGGAGAGCGCCCUCCUGAGGUUGAGCCAGGGCGCUGCCGACGGGAACUCCACACCGGAGCUGCAUGAUAUCCUCACGGACGACAUCUUCUCCUACGUGGAGGAGGUGCUCUUCAAGGAGAACAGGCUCGCUAACAGCAACCAGGCGGAGCCCUACAUGAAUGCUUCUAGCCCGGAGAAACUGUCAGAAAACCAGCAGAUUCUCUUCCCCAUGCUGAACGGGUUCAAUACCCAGAGUCCCAACAACAGGCCUGCCAGCCUGUCAGGACAAGGUCCUAACCAAGCGUUCAUCAGCACCCAGAGACUGACCCACUUUGGUCCGCAUGUCCCUAAACCAGACCUAAACAUCCCCACACUUCAGCAGCUGCAGCUUAAUGACAUUUUCACUCCAUCGGUGGAGCUCCCUGGCCUCCCAGAGUCUUCCGGCCAGGGGGGCAGGUUCUGUGCCCAGGAGUUAGUCCAGCCCCUGGGAUGCCCCCAGGUCAUGCCUGGCCAGGUGUGCUCCGGCCAAUCUGACCAGCGUGGUUCUCCCAACGACCUGCAGGCCACCAUGGUAGCAAACAGACAGCUGCAGAACUCUGGGGGGAACACCAACCUUGUACCCCCCGGUUUGCCUUCCAUGAUGCAUUGCAACGGCUUCACCUCCCCCCUUAUUGAAUCGAGUGGCCUUAACGUUUCUGCUCCUUUCCCGACAGCCUGCCUCCAAGGAGGUGCCCCAUUUCAGUCCACAAAGACCCAGCAGUGGCCCCAGAACCAGCAGCAGAAGCUUUCCCAGAACGGCCUCAUGCAGGAUGGGUACAAACUUCCUCCAGUCUGCCUGAGUCAGCUGUCAGACCCCCAGAGACUGCCCCCUGCAGGCCCCUGGCCCAACAACACCAGUGGAUUGUACCACUCUCAACAAGUGGGGGGCUUGGCUCAGGGCCAGCCUGCCCCAUCAGCUUCAUCCAACAGCUGCAUGUUUGAGAACUGUUUGCCACCCCUCCAAAACGGAAACCACAUAGAUGGCACAGUCCAGGACCCCUCUCUGUCUCUGUGCCAGCGGAGGACGGACGCCCCCCAGGACUACAGUCCCCCCCAAGGGUCCUGUUACUUCCAGUGGGGGCACAGUGAACCCGUGGUGGGCACGUCGGCCAUCGCCCAGGAGAACGCCAGCAUCAGUCCCCAGACACGCUCCGUCGUACCCAGCAUGGCGAUGCAGCAGUACCUGAGCAUCAACGGCCAGACACAGAUUCUGAGCCAGACUCUGGACAGCACUGGACUGUUCUCAAUGCCCCUGGUAGAUGAAAACAUGCACUUUACAGACCACAGCCAAAUCCACUGCUGCGACAUCUAACUAACAGAGGGAGGAGCUGUGGCCAAAUGGAGAAGUGAUCUUGAAUCAUACAUCAGAGAGGAAUUUACACACUCCUGUGAUUUUUCUUGGUCAUAUCUGUUGUGUCUUUAUUGUUGCCAUAUUGCUGUGUGUUUAUAUAAUGCUGCAAGAUGAAGCCUAUACAUCUAUCAAGUUCUUUAUGAGUAAGAUUAUUAGAAGUAUGAAGUAUGGAUAUUCUUAUAUUUUCUAAGCAUGGUUAAACAUGACAUCCUAUAGGUCGCCAAAUUCCCUGUUGUAAUAUUAUGAUUAAGCGAGCCAGAUUCAUUUCGUUUUUAAGUGAGCUUUUGUAUUCAGUUUGUACACUUUCAUAUGUUCAAAUAUGGGAAAAGAAAAUAUUUUAUUUUGGUAAAUCACACAUUUAAGAUGUGUAUGCAGUGUAAAAAAUGUAUCUAUACUAUUGUUUUAUUAUCUAAUGUAUACUCUAUUUUAACCGGUUUUUAUGUCAUACAGUACGUGUGUGUGGAUGUGUGUUUUUGUGUGUGUGUGUGUGUGUGUGUAGAACACAAAUAAUAGCUUAUGAAAAUAAUUCUAUAGGAAAACACAUUUUAUUUCAGAAAAACAUAUGCACUGCAUUGUGUAUAAAUACCUAAUACACACAACUUACAAUGCAAGGCUUGUUAUACACUAUAAUACUGUUGGUAUUCAAACCAUGUUUUAAAACUGCAAUGUUCCGAUGUAGUCAAUACUACAUCAAUAGUAUUCAUGAGUUUUGUUUUUGUAUAACACCACUGAGCCAUUUGCCUUAUGCUUCUACAUCAAUAACUUGUGAUUUUAUUAACAAUAACAAGAGAUCAAAACACACAGGGCUUGUUGUAAUGGCUGUAGGGGAGACUCCGGAAACCCAAAUCCCAGGAUUGUAACCCUCUCAAAAGGCCAAAUUAAUCUACAUGUUGAAUCGGUCAGAGUUACCUUUGUGUGUUUCCACAUAGCAUGACACCUCCUUGAUUCAGAGGUCUCAAGAAGCCUCACGUCAGCACUCUGUCCCUCUCCAGUUGUCCCCAGAGACCUUUGGAGUCACGUCAAUAUCAUAGUUUUCCUCUUGACCUACUUCCUCUCGGUGCUCUUGUAAAAAGGGCAAGACAGGUAGAAGCCACAUGGCAUAAAGUCAAACUGGGUUCGAUCUCUGUGUUGCUUUCAUUCAGUCAGCAGUCUCAGACUCAAAGAGUCAAAAUAUUGAAUAUGACAGCCUUAAAACAUUCACCUUGGUGAAAUGUAUCUGGCAAUUUGAUAGACCGCUAUUGUGCCUUACAGUCCGCCUGCCCUGCAUAAGCAGGAUGAAAUUACCUGGUGCCACCUUUUGUGAAUGCUCUUUUUUCUCUCAUCAAUGCCGGCACAGAAAAAGGAGAAUGGCGCUCAUAUUUACUUUGCAACUUACUAUUUUGUCUUCACAAUAUAUUGGCAUACAUUUUUUGUCUGUUUUACAAUAUAGUUGUGAAAAUGUUCUGUUUUUAUGUUGUAUAUUCUUAUACCUAUUAUACAUACUGUAUACUACUCUUUGUAAACUAUUUGUAUCCACAUAAUCUUAUAUUAUUUAGUAUAGUGCACGUGUAUUUAGACACGUAGCGAAUGCCAUUUAUUGAAGAUGGACCCAUGUGUUCCAGAUUGUUUCUUUGAAUUGUGAAAUUCUUUUUUCAUAUUAAAAAACGAGUCACUCAGAA